CAGUUCGCGAUUUGGUCUCCCUGAAAUAACCAAUUUGAACGUCAUCAGUCAUCUUUCCGUCCAGUCUGACCAGUAACCACUCUACUGACCACGUGCUUCCUUUGGCAGGCACACUUAAGUUCAGAAUUAACUCGGGGACAUUCCAAAACAAUUGAAAGCCAAAAUGGGCCCGAAAAAGAAGCAAAUCUACAACGACUUCUUCUUCUUCAUGCAAGACCAGAAGGCGAUUUUGCGGGAGGAAGGGCGAACUUGGAAGGACAUGCCCGAAUUGGUGGCCAUUUGUGGACCCAAGUGGCAAUUGGUCUCGGAUGCUGAGCGCGCUAGAUAUAAAAACUUAGCCAAGGCUGCCAAACAGAAGAAAACGGUUCAAUUAGGCGAGAUCUUUGAUUCAACCGGACGAAGUCUCGUCUCCAUCGAAAAGGAAAAGCAGACCGCCUUAGAGAAGAGGAACGAUAUGUUACACUAUAUUGGGAAUUUGGUGAAAAACUCUGUCCGCAAUGGAACUCUUGGCCAAGAAACCCUCUUUUUCAUCCACAUGAAUAUGAUUUGCGAAAUUGACGAUGUUCGGUUCCUUCCUGGUGAAGUGGCUCUUUGUGAGUUUUCGAUCGAAAAUGGAGUCACGCGGAUUUUCGAGACCUUUAUUAAACCCUGGAACAUUCCACUCGGAUACGGAUACAAUAUCCGAAAAGUCGCCGAAACGACUCAUCGAAUCCAUAUGGAUUCCACUCCAAUGUGUCAUCCAUUGGCCUCGGAUUAUGAUAGACUUUUCAAGGGUUUGUUGGACUUUCUGUGCCAAAACGAGGAUUUUGACCACCUACCUCCAAUCUACACUCUGAGUGAUCAAGUGCCAAAAGUUGAAGCUGCCCUGUUGGAGUGGCAAGAACAAACUACGAUCAGAAAGCGCAUCAAUUGGUCGAUUUACAGCGUGGACGAGUUGUACUUUUCUCUGAGCGAAGCGCUACCAUCUCCCAGAGCCAAACUUUAUCAUGCCACUUUAGCGAAGGACCGAUUAGAACAUGAUUGCUACAUGUUUUCUCAAGAAAUGGCUUGUCCCUAUCAUGUGGAGGUGGAUUGUAAUCAUCACUGCUCACAGUUCAAUGUUCAGAAAUGGGCCUUCAUCAUCGCAGAGCACUGCUGCGAUUUUCUCAAAUAUAAGCCCAUACCAGGGGCACACAAACCAUUGGAUUGUGCCCAAGGUUAUGACAUCAUUAAGUAUUCCAGACCUGAUUUGUAUCCUUUGCUCCGGAAUGAAGAAGCUUCUUACGAUCCUAUUCAAAAUGAGCAAUCGGAUGGUCGUCCUGCCAACUCAAAGAUAACCCGCUCAACACCUUCGGGUGUUCACUAUCUGCCCAAUGAAUUCGAAAAGCUUAAUGUCAAGACCACAUUUUCUACCCACGGGAACGAGGAGCCCUCUAUUAAGGACGAAGAUUGCGAAACGGACGUCAGUUCAAUUCUCUCCGGUGAAUUUCCUGUUUUGAACGCCUCUCGAGGUUCAUCAUCCACGCGUGGCAAUGGUUAUUCCUCUCGUGGAACACGCGGAUGGGCAGGGAUCACCUCCUCUUCUUCCGUAGUACCCAAUCCUCCGAGCUGUGAUAAUGAAGAUCAAUUCCCUACCUUAGGUGGUACCCGUAGAGUACUAGGUGGGCAACGAGGCCGUGGGUUCGGCGGGCGUGGUCGUCGAGGUCGCUAUUAAUUGAUCUGCUUAACCCUGAAUGAUAACAAUACACUGACUGAGAAAA